AUGUUAGGGGAAUUACAUAAAAAGCUCUCACUGUUCUUAUGUUCAAUCUUUUGUCUCUUUCUUUCACAGAAUCUUCAGUCUCUGGAUCUUAGUGGUGCACAGAAUAUAUCUGCAUCAGUGCUGUGUGAGCUCUUGGGCAGCCAAAGUCAUCUCCGUUCCCUCUCCCUGGCUGGAACCCUGUGUGAUCAGAGAGUGAUAUCAGUGGUCUGCCGCCAGUGCCCCAAACUGAAACACCUGGAUGUGUCCCGGUGCCUUCACCUCACCCCUGCAGGCCUGCUCCCUCUGUCCUACCAAGAACCCCUUGUCAAGAACGCAAACCUCAGCAGCCUGCUAGCUCUGGAUAUCGGUUUAGCAGAAAAUGAGAGAGAUGCAGUAGCUGCAGUUGCGUUUCUCCUGCUCAGCUUACCUGGUCUUCAGAGGUUGGCAAUGGAGGGAUUGGGACAGGCUUGCGCUCUCAUACAGAACAAGCAGUUUGAGGUGACUGAGGAGUUCAGUAGUCGAGAAGGUGUGCCGCUUCUUAAAGACAUGUGGGCGAAGCGAACACACGAAGACCACUUGAAAGACAGCAGUUUACUGAGUACAGAUAGAGAGGAAAGUUUUACUUUGGAAGGAAAAAUAGAUACAUUUUUAUCAUUAGAGGAGAGUCAGACAGAUGCUAGUGAUAGUACUGAUAUAAAUGAAUGGACAAGGACUUCAGGAGAUGGUUGUGAAAAAGAUGGAUGUAGAAGUAGAGCUUGUAAUGGAAAGGAUAGUGUGACAACAUCUCUCUGGGAUGUACAAGGACUGUCUCUGGAUACUUUAGAGGCGGUAGGGAAGGUCUGCCCUGAACUGCGUGUCCUGUCUUUGGACUGUCUCCAGAACAAUGUGGAUGAUGAUGUUGACACCUUUGAACAGGCAGCAGUUUUAGCCAGAGGACUUGGUACGUUUUCUGGACAGCUAAGCUGUCUUUCUCUACAGUUUGCUGGUCUUCUGUCUGAACUGGUUCCAGCACUUAAAGCCGCAGGCUCACAUCUGCUUUCACUCACCUUGGAAGGCAUCAAAGCUGAUGGACAUAUUCCUCUUCUGGAGCUCAUUCAUGCCUGUCCCAGACUCACUUCUCUCACUGUUCAUUUAGACCCACCCAGGAAUAAUUUGAAUGAGGAGGAGGAGGAGGAGGUGAUGGAGAGUUCUGCUCCCAGGCGUCUUUUUGUAACACGGGUCCUCAAGCAGUUUGACUGCGACACAUUCAUACCUGACAUUAACAUGGACAAGUACAAGCUCUUGCCCGAGUGA